UUUAUAGAGCAUAAAAUUUCAAAUUUUCUUGGGGGAGCAUGCCCCCAAACACCCCUAUUGUUGGUGUUUCGGUGGAAACUACUCACUCAAAAACCUGGAUCCACCCCUGAUCGCGAUACAUCGAAAUCAGCUAUAAUUUUGUAAUUAAUCUAUUACUAUUUUUGACAGAUCAAACAGGAAAACAACAAAAAUCAUAUCGUCCCUGUUACUGCAGGAUUUGCCAUGGAAAACUGCGUGACAAGAGAACAGUGCGACAGCAUUCACAACAGUACCUACCCAAAGGUACUGAAGAAACAGUGGUUGUCAAUGUUGAACACCAUGCUGUUUCCCCCCCCCCCCCCCAAAUCUUGUGUGGUUAAUCACGAAGGAAAUCGUUCCAUGGAUAACCAUGAGACAGAUCAUGACCAAUCAGUAAACAAUGAAAGUGAUGAUACGACUGUUGAUUUCAAUGUCAAUGGUGAUCCACAAGACAACAGAGGCAGAGGUUUAGAAAGUGAUGACUCAACUGUUGGCAGUGUUAGUGAUGAUGAUGGAAAUGAUGACCCUCAAGAAGACAGAGGUGAAGAUCUAGAGGAUAGAAUCAAGAAAGGGAUUCUAAGAAUAAUCAAGUGCAAAGUAAAGUAUGGAUGGUCCCAGGAAGAAACACUGAGCCAGCUAAGGAACUUGUUUGAAAUCACUGGUUAUGAUAAAAUACCCCAUAAAUCAUGGUCUUCUGUUAUCAGUUUUUUAAAGGAGUUAGGUUAUAAAAAUCCUAGACACUACAAAGUGUGCUGUGGUGAAAAUCAUGUCACACUACUGGAAUGUGAUGAGGACUGCCCAAAUUGUGGUGCUGAAAGGCACACUUGUGCUGACUACUAUGUGCUAGGCUUGAACCUAGAAUCAAUCUUUUUGAGUGAAAAAAAGAUGAAGAAUCAUAUGGCGCACUGGGAGGAAAAAGAACAAUGGUUAAAUAAAUCAGUCAUCACAACCCCUUAUAAGGAACUGUGGCAUGGGGCGCGUUUUCGAGAGCUGUCAUUUUUCUGGGAUGAGAACAAGGAGAGCCUCUUACCAGUUUGUUGUCCAAAUUGUGACAAAUAUAUCUGUGGCUGAGAUAGAAAACAUGUUUGGUAACCCAUUAGUGGUGGGCAUCCCUAUACAUGUCAGUUGUCCACAGUGCUGCUUCGAUUUUGUUCAUAGGCCAUUAUCUAUGAGAGGAAGCCCAAUUAACCAAGCAUUCAUUUUUCAUGAAGAUGGUUUUAAUGCCUUCUCUAAGAAGACAGGAGGGAUUUCUGCUAUCCAUUACAGUGCUGCAUGUACUCGAAAGGAAGAGCGGCUCCAUGGCAAAGCUUUGAGAACAUACAGCUUCAUACCAAGCUGUAAAAUAGGUGAAGGUAUUCCACAUAAGAUGGAUGCCUUCCUAAAGCUGCUGAUGGAUGAAAUCACCAGCCUUUAUAUCAACGGCAUUGAUAUACACCUUGACAGACAUAUUCCCAUCGGAGAGACUGUGAUAACAGCCAGUUAUCAUAAAGUCAGGGCACUUAUUCUUAUGGGGACAGCUGACUUAAAGGCCCAUGCUGAGAUUUCACUAUAUGCAGGAGGUGGCAGAAUUGGAUGCAGACGUUGUCUUAUCCACGGAGUCUACAUUCCAUGCAAGCGCCAUUAUUACUAUAGAAAAUUUCGAGAACGCUACAGAGCACCAUGCCCAUUAAGAACGGCUACUUACCACUUGGAACAUGGUGUCUUGGUUGAUGGAGCAUUGACAGCAGCUGCACGCCAACUUCUUGUGACCUCAUCUGGAGUUUGUGGUCUAAGCAUCCUGUUUGUACUAUACAGACUUUAUGGUUUUGAUCCAGUUAAGGAUAUGGUGAUUGACCGCAUGCAUCUCACAUUUAAUAUGUUAAAGCGUGAAUUUCUGGAGAAGAUGUGGAAGGAUAUGGGAGAUAAUGCUACAUUGCCUGUCAAUGAAAGAGAUCCACAGUCUGGUGGGCUUCUUAACAGGGCUGACUUCAGUGCUGCACUAGAGGCUGUUAAUUGGAUCACUGAGGAAAAGGCUAAAGGAGUCGCACGUCUAAAAUCUCUGACAGACAAACUAGGAGCUUGGAAGUCUAAUGAGUUCAAAAGGUUCAGUUGUGUUGCUAGAGAAGUGUUGGCAGAAAAAAUCCCCUCAAAGGCAUAUGACUGCUUCAUGCUUCUUUGUGAUGCAGUCAAAAUGCUGUACAACAGGAAGUUACAGCUUGCUGGGUGGACGAAUGAUGACAUAGAGAGAUUACGCAGACUCCUAUGGGCACAUGCUGUCAAAUGUGAAGAGUACUACGGCCUGGAGUACUGCACUGAGAAUCUAGAGUGCUCUGUUCAUGCUGCUGAUGAAAUACAUCGACAUUCUAGCAUGGACAACUACUCCUGCGAGCUAUAUGAGAGAGCCAUUUUAAGGCACGAACUACAAAAGCAUAAUGCUAAAGGCAUUGAGAAAACGUUUGCCACAAGAGAAGCUCUCGGAAAUUUCCUUGAGGAUUACGAGGAAGUCAAUGGGAUGAUCUCUUCCUACGGGGAAGGGAAUCAGAAGUACAGAUUUAGUAUGGAUGAGGCAGCACCGUUCUACCUUCACGAGUCAUCAUUUGCCUCAUCCAAGCUACUGUUGGAAGACCUGAAGGGACAUGUUGACGAAUAUAAAGCCCAUGCGUCAUCCUAUGGUGUAGGUAUUGGAAAAACAAAGAGGAGUGCAUUUGAACAACAUAUCAUUGUGGAUAUUAAACGAUUCUUUGCCCGACAAGGAAUUGAAACUGAUAUUCCAAAUAUCCUAAAGACUGUUAAGAGUUUGGCAUUUACUGAUGAAUUUGGGGAAAGAGAAAGGAUCUCAGAAGGCACUGCUUGCAAGAUAGCCACUAACAAUAAUGGAGAAGAAUGGACAAUGCAAGUGUCAACAAUGAUAUUGGUGGGAUCAAUACAAGAUAAGUACUUCUACUUUGUGAAUGGUGAUUACAUUGUCCCUCUAGUUGAAGACAACUCCCAAGUGCUCCACGAGUGGUGUCAGUCCCCUAAAGUGAUUCCUAGGGCAUAUAGAAGAGACAGUGUUCAGCCGUCAAACUUGAUCAAGCGCAAGGUGAUCCUUUAUCCUGAACCCUCAAAUAUUGCAAACCCUGCCUACUGGCUGAUAAUUGACAACAAGACCAUUAAAGACCUCAAGGAUGUCUCUGUUCCAGCCUAUCCUAGAGAAGGAGAAAUAGUGCAGAUUUUAGGGGCUGACAAUCAGAUGUGGUAUGGACGAGUGGAGGUUGUACUUCCAAAUGAAAAUGAGGCAAGAGUAGUUUGGCUCAAGGACACCCAAAGACCUGGAGUUUGGGUGCCGACUCGUCAAUCCGAUACAGUUCAUUUUGGGUCAAUGAUACGCAUUUGCCAAGUGAAACGAGUAUUUGGAGGCAUUUCAAUUGAAUAGUCAUCACCAACAGCAAAAUUUCCCUGCAAGCUGCAUUGGAGUGCAAGUGCCAGAACCACUACGGCCCGCACCUGAGUCACCACUAUUGUUAUAUCCCCCUGCAGACAGCACCUGAGUCACCACCAGUGUCAGACCCCCCUGUGGACAGCACCUGAGUCACCACCAGUGUCAGAUCCCCCUGUGGACAGCACCUGGGUCACCACCAGUGUCAGAUCCCCCUGUGGACAGCACCUGAGUCACCACCAGUGUCAGAUCCCCCUGUGGACAGCACCUGAGUCACCACCAGUGUCAGAUCCCCCUGUGGACAGCACCUGAGUCACCACCAGUGUCAGAUCCCCCUGUGGACAGCACCUGAGUCACCACCAGUGUCAGAUCCCCCUGUGGACAGCACCUGAGUCACCACCAGUGUCAGAUCCCCCUGUGGACAGCACCUGAGUCACCACUAUUGUUAUAUCCCCCUGCAGACAGCACCUGAGUCACCACCAGUGUCAGAUCCCCCUGUGGACAGCACCUGGGUCACCACCAGUGUCAGAUCCCCCUGUGGACAGCACCUGAGUCACCACCAGUGUCAGAUCCCCCUGUGGACAGCACCUGAGUCACCACCAGUGUCAGAUCCCCCUGUGGACAGCACCUGAGUCACCACCAGUGUCAGAUCCCCCUGUGGACAGCACCUGAGUCACCACCAGUGUCAGAUCCCCCUGUGGACAGCACCUUAGUCACAACCAGUGUCAGAUACCCCUGUGGACAGCACCUGAGUCACCACCAGUGUCAGAUCCCCCUGUGGACAGCACCUGAGUCACCACCAGUGUCAGAUCCCCCUCCCUGUGGAUAGCACCUUAGUCACCACCAGUGUCAGAUACCCCUGUGGACAGCACCUGGGUCACCACCAGUGUCAGAUCCCCCUGUGGACAGCACCUGAGUCACCACCAGUGUCAGAUCCCCCUGUGGACAGCACCUGAGUCACCACCAGUGUCAGAUCCCGCUGUGGACAGCACCUGAGUCACCACCAGUGUCAGAUCCCCCUGUGGACAGCACCUGAGUCACCACCAGUGUCAGAUCCCCCUGUGGACAGCACCUGAGUCACCACCAGUGUCAGAUCCCCCCCUGUGGAUAGCACCUUAGUCACAACCAGUGUCAGAUCCCCCCCCUGUGGAUAGCACCUUAGUCACCACCAGUGUCAGAUCCCCCUGUGGACAGCACCUGAGUCACCACCAGUGUCAGAUCCCCCUGUGGAUAGCACCUGAGUCACCACUAUUGUUAUAUCCCCCCUGUGGAUAGCACCUGAGUCACCACCAGUGUCAGAUCCCCCUGUGGAUAGCACCUUAGUCACAACCAGUGUCAGACCCCCCUGUGGAUAGCACCUGAGUCACCACCAGUGUCGGAAACCCCUGUGGAUAGCACCUGAGUCACCACCAGUGUCAGAUCCCCCCCCCCUGUGGAUAGCACCUUAGUCACAACCAGUGUCAGAUCCCCCCCUGUGGAUAGCACCUUAGUCACAACCAGUGUCAGAUCCCCCUGUGGACAGCACCUGGGUCGCCACCAGUGUCAGAUCCCCCUGUGGACAGCACCUGAGUCACCACCAGUGUCAGAUCCCCCCCUGUGGACAGCACCUGAGUCACCACCAGUGUCAGAUCCCCCUGUGGACAGCACCUGAGUCACCACCAGUGUCAGAUCCCCCUGUGGACAGCACCUGAGUCACCACCAGUGUCAGAUCCCCCUGUGGACAGCACCUGAGUCACCACCAGUGUCAGAUCCCCCUGUGGACAGCACCUGGGUCACCACCAGUGUCAGAUACCCCUGUGGACAGCACCUGAGUCACCACCAGUGUCAGAUCCCCCCCCCCCCUGUGGAUAGCACCUUAGUCACAACCAGUGUCAGAUCCCCCCCUGUGGAUAGCACCUUAGUCACAACCAGUGUCAGAUCCCCCUGUGGACAGCACCUGGGUCGCCACCAGUGUCAGAUCCCCCUGUGGACAGCACCUGAGUCACCACCAGUGUCAGAUCCCCCCCUGUGGACAGCACCUGAGUCACCACCAGUGUCAGAUCCCCCUGUGGACAGCACCUGAGUCACCACCAGUGUCAGAUCCCCCUGUGGACAGCACCUGAGUCACCACCAGUGUCAGAUCCCCCUGUGGACAGCACCUGAGUCACCACCAGUGUCAGAUCCCCCUGUGGACAGCACCUGGGUCACCACCAGUGUCAGAUACCCCUGUGGACAGCACCUGAGUCACCACCAGUGUCAGAUACCCCUGUGGACAGCACCUGGGUCACCACCAGUGUCAGAUACCCCUGUGGACAGCACCUGAGUCACCACCAGUGUCAGAUCCCCCCCCUGUGGAUAGCACCUUAGUCACAACCAGUGUCAGAUCCCCCCCUGUGGAUAGCACCUUAGUCACAACCAGUGUCAGAUCCCCCUGUGGACAGCACCUUAGUCACAACCAGUGUCAGAUCCCCCCCUGUGGACAGCACCUGAGUCACCACCAGUGUCAGAUCCCCCCCUGUGGAUAGCACCUUAGUCACAACCAGUGUCAGAUCCCCCCCCUGUGGAUAGCACCUUAGUCACCACCAGUGUCAGAUCCCCCUGUGGACAGCACCUGAGUCACCACCAGUGUCAGAUCCCCCCCUGUGGAUAGCACCUUAGUCACCACCAGUGUCAGAUCCCCCCCUGUGGAUAGCACCUUAGUCACCACCAGUGUCAGAUCCCCCCCUGUGGAUAGCACCUUAGUCACCACCAGUGUCAGAUCCCCCUGUGGACAGCACCUUAGUCACAACCAGUGUCAGAUCCCCCCCCUGUGGACAGCACCUGGGUCACCACCAGUGUCAGAUACCCCUGUGGACAGCACCUGGGUCACCACCAGUGUCAGAUCCCCCUGUGGACAGCACCUGAGUCACCACCAGUGUCAGAUCCCCCCCCUGUGGAUAGCACCUUAGUCACAACCAGUGUCAGAUCCCCCCCCUGUGGAUAGCACCUUAGUCACAACCAGUGUCAGAUCCCCCUGUGGACAGCACCUUAGUCACAACCAGUGUCAGAUCCCCCCCUGUGGACAGCACCUGAGUCACCACCAGUGUCAGAUCCCCCCCUGUGGAUAGCACCUUAGUCACAACCAGUGUCAGAUCCCCCCCCUGUGGAUAGCACCUUAGUCACCACCAGUGUCAGAUCCCCCUGUGGACAGCACCUGAGUCACCACCAGUGUCAGAUCCCCCCCUGUGGAUAGCACCUUAGUCACCACCAGUGUCAGAUCCCCCCCUGUGGAUAGCACCUUAGUCACCACCAGUGUCAGAUACCCCUGUGGACAGCACCUGGGUCACCACCAGUGUCAGAUCCCCCUGUGGACAGCACCUGAGUCACCACCAGUGUCAGAUCCCCCCCCUGUGGAUAGCACCUUAGUCACAACCAGUGUCAGAUCCCCCCCCUGUGGAUAGCACCUUAGUCACAACCAGUGUCAGAUCCCCCUGUGGACAGCACCUUAGUCACAACCAGUGUCAGAUCCCCCCCUGUGGACAGCACCUGAGUCACCACCAGUGUCAGAUCCCCCCCUGUGGAUAGCACCUUAGUCACAACCAGUGUCAGAUCCCCCCCCUGUGGAUAGCACCUUAGUCACCACCAGUGUCAGAUCCCCCUGUGGACAGCACCUGAGUCACCACCAGUGUCAGAUCCCCCCCUGUGGAUAGCACCUUAGUCACCACCAGUGUCAGAUCCCCCCCUGUGGAUAGCACCUUAGUCACCACCAGUGUCAGAUCCCCCCCUGUGGAUAGCACCUUAGUCACCACCAGUGUCAGAUCCCCCUGUGGACAGCACCUUAGUCACAACCAGUGUCAGAUCCCCCCCUGUGGAUAGCACCUGAGUCACCACCAGUGUCAGAUCCCCCUGUGGAAAGCACCUGAGUCACCACCAGUGUCAUAUCCCCCUGUGGAUAGCACCUUAGUCACCACCAGUGUCAUAUCCCCCCCCCUGUGGAUAGCACCUGAGUCACCACCAGUGUCAGAUCCCCCUGUGGACAGCACCUGAGUCACCACUAUUGUUAUAUCCCCCCCUGUGGAUAGCACCUUAGUCACCACCAGUGUCAGAUCCCCCUGUGGACAGCACCUUAGUCACAACCAGUGUCAGAUACCCCCCUGUGGACAGCACCUGAGUCACCACCAGUGUCAGAUCCCCCUGUGGAUAGCACCUUAGUCACAACCAGUGUCAGAUCCCCCUGUGGAUAGCACCUGGGUCACCACCAGUGUCAGAUCCCCCUGUGGAUAGCACCUGAGUCACCACCAGUGUCAGAUCCCCCCCUGUGGACAGCACCUUAGUCACCACCAGUGUCAGAUCCCCCCUGUGGAUAGCACUAGGACAGUGCUCUUUUCAGAGACAAAAGUCAUGACCUUAUGCAACCAACCCCUAGUUACAAAUGAAGAGUAGAUAGAUAGUACUCCUUUAAAGCAAAAUGAACAGUGAUAAUAUACUGUACAACUUAUAUUUUGUAUAUGAAGUAUCCUUACUCUAACUAAAUCUACAUUGCACAAGUAAUUUUUUGUGGAAACCCUAAUGUUGGCAUGAAGAUCGUCCUUGUACUUUUUAUCUAUCUGUGGGGCCAGGGAUGGAACACUCUAGUGCUUUAUUAAUGAUCACCAUAGCUUUCUCUAUUGUGAUUCGUUUGCUAGGAUAGUGAUGAGUUAAUAGCUGGCCAAGUUUAAAAAGUUCAUUGUACCCUUCUCGGCUGUCUGUUUCAAAAAUCACCUUUAAAGAGGUACAAUAUAAAUAGCCAAAUGAAAAGAUAUCACUUGCAAUGCUUUGCCGUUUACCAACAGAGAUCUCAGGUGCUAUGUGUGGGUACUUUCUUCUGUAUAAUGUCCUUUCUGAAUAAGUCAUCUUUGCCAUUGCUAAAAAUUAAAAAGAUGAUAGUUAAGACAGUUUUACAGGGGGGUCCAUUUGAGGUAAAGUAAAGUAAUGCUCUGUAAAAGAACUAGGCAACCUAACACCAAGUGCAUGCUGACAUGUGUUAUAUGGCUUAUUAGACAAAUCUAAUGUGGGAAAGUCAAGCAAAGACUAUUGUUCUUCCUCUUUUUGAGGAAAAUCUCCAAUAAGAGGAAAAUCUCCAAUUGUGAGGAAAAUCUCCAAUAAGAUAUAUUAGGGAGCACAUGUUUCACAUAAUUUCCUCAAAAUCAUAUUAUACUGUAUAUGUUGUGCCUGUGUGUUUAAUACAAAAAUAUCCUGUGGGGAAAGCUUUUUGUCACAGGACACUGGGACUAGUUCUUGCAUGGAUAAUUUAAAUGGGAAAGAGAAAAACUUUUGAAAAUAAGCUUUUUCUAAUUUAAGCAGCAACAAGUGUAAUAGUCAAAGUGUAGCCAAGCCAGAACAAAAGAGUACAAAGACAAGAGUGUAUUGAAAAUACUGGGUUUAUGAAAACCAACAAGCCUUACCGAAUUAAUGUUUCCAGUAUUUGUAAUGUAAUGGUCAAAGUAAAAAGUGUCCAGGCAA